AUGGACAUCCUCAACUUCCUCUCCACAAUGGGCAAGCGCCUGGCCCACAACACGAAACACUCCCUCACCGACCUCUCGAUCCAGAAUUACAUCCGGCUCGUCGCUAUCGUCGGCGCGUAUUUAUUGUUACGUCCGUAUCUGAUGAAAGCGGUGGAGAAGACGCAGGGGAUGCAUUUGAAGAAGGAGAUUGAGGGUGUGAAGGUUACGCCGAAUAUGAUUCGGGAGGGAGGGAAGAAAGUUGAGGGGGAGGGGGAGGUUAAAGGGGAUGAUGAUGGGGGAUGGGGUGGGAAGGCUAGGAAGAGAGCGAAGAAGGUGGAGAAAAUGAGGGAGGAGAAAAUGAGGGCGAAAGAAGGUGAUGAGGAGGAUAGGGAUAUUGAGGAGUUUUUGGUUGAUGGGAAGGAUGUUAGGGAUUUGUUGGUGGAUUAUGAGGAGGGUGUUGAUGGGUGGUGA